CUGUUUUCCACCGUCAUCCGUCAACCAUUUCUUUUUAACCGAGCGGAACACGACGCGCGGUUUUUUCGAAAGACCAUACAAAAAAUAUUAAUAAAUGGCACAAGUGUCGUGAUUGUCGAACUAUGCGGUGAUUUGGGUAAAACUUAACUAAAAUCGAAGUCGAAUACGACAAAUAGCCGUGUGUGCCGUGCCUGUGAAUUUUAGCGAUUGUCGUACGCGUUCGUUGUUUUUGUUGUUGUUGCGUUUUUCUGGUGUUUUUUUCCUGUACAGUAGAUACAAUAAGUGUCCAAGGCAGCCAAAACGUGUUAAAGCGUGCGAAAAGUGAAUAAAUGUGUGGCCAAAAUGUGGUCAAAAAGUGUGCGAUAAUUCAUGUAACAUAACCGUGUAAAUAUAUAAAACGUCUUAUAAAAAAAGAGUGUAAGUCAAAUAAAGUGCCAAACCAACAAAUGUGGCAACAAUUUGGCCAUUUCUGCGUGUAUGCUGUUGUUUGAGCCAGGGCCCAAAACAAUCGACAACAACAACAGCAACAACCACAGUGGAAAGUACUACUACUAAAAAAAAAGAGAAAAAAGAAAACGAAUAUAAAAUCUAAAAGAUUCACUUUAACGACCAAUAAACCGACCAGACGCGAUGUUCAAGUGCAUUCCAAUCUUCAAGGGCUGCAACCGGCAGGUGGAGUUUGUGGACAAGCGCCACUGCUCCCUGCCGCAAGUGCCCGAGGAGAUACUACGCUACUCACGUACCCUUGAGGAGCUCUUCCUGGACGCCAAUCACAUCAGGGAUUUGCCCAAGAAUUUCUUUCGAUUGCAUCGCCUGAGAAAGUUGGGGCUGAGUGACAAUGAAAUUGGACGCCUGCCGCCGGAUAUACAAAAUUUUGAAAAUCUUGUCGAGCUUGAUGUUUCACGCAAUGACAUACCCGACAUUCCCGAUGACAUCAAGCAUCUGCAGAGCCUCCAGGUGGCUGAUUUCAGCUCGAACCCGAUACCCAAACUGCCAUCGGGCUUCACACAGCUGAAGAACCUUACGAUUCUGGGGCUCAACGACAUGUCGCUCACCACAUUGCCAGCGGACUUUGGCAGCCUCACACAGCUCGAGUCGCUGGAGCUGCGCGAGAAUCUGCUCAAGCAUCUGCCCGAGACAAUAAGCCAGCUGACGAAGCUGAAACGCCUCGAUUUGGGCGACAACGAAAUCGAAGAUCUGCCCCCGUAUCUGGGCUAUCUGCCGGGGCUGCACGAACUCUGGCUGGAUCACAACCAACUGCAGCGACUGCCCCCAGAGCUGGGGCUGCUGACAAAACUAACGUACCUCGAUGUGUCCGAGAAUCGGCUGGAGGAGCUGCCCAACGAGAUCAGCGGACUGGUCAGCCUCACGGACCUCGAUCUGGCACAGAAUCUGCUCGAGACACUGCCCGACGGCAUAGCGAAACUGAGUCGUCUGACCAUCCUCAAACUGGACCAAAAUCGAUUGCAGCGAUUAAACGAUACCCUGGGGAACUGCGACAAUAUGCAGGAGCUUAUACUAACAGAGAACUUCCUGUCGGAGCUGCCGGCCUCCAUUGGCCGGAUGACGAAGUUGAGCAAUCUAAAUGUGGAUCGGAAUGCCCUGGAGUAUCUGCCACUCGAGAUCGGGCAGUGCGCCAACUUGGGUGUGCUCAGUUUGCGCGACAACAAGCUGAAGAAGCUGCCGCCAGAGCUGGGCAACUGCACCGUGUUGCAUGUGCUGGAUGUGAGUGGGAACCAGCUGCUGUAUCUGCCCUACUCCCUGGUCAAUCUGCAGCUGAAGGCCGUGUGGCUCUCGGAGAACCAGUCGCAGCCGCUGCUCACCUUCCAGCCGGACACGGACGCGGAGACGGGCGAGCAGGUGCUCUCCUGCUACCUGUUGCCCCAGCAGGAGUACCAGCCCAUUACACCAGACUAUCCACCCACGACGCUUUAUAGAUCAAGCGAAAAAUUCGAUUCAAUGGAAUUCUUCAGUUAUCAACAGAAAGCACGCGAUCUGGAAUCAGAUUCGGAACCUUUCGAGGAGCGAGAGCCAUCGCGCACGGUGGUCAAGUUCUCGGAGGAGGCGACCCAGGAGAAGGACACACCCUUCGUGCGCCAGAAUACGCCGCAUCCCAAGGAUCUCAAGGCCAAGGCGCAAAAGCUGAAAGUGGAGCGCAGUCGCCACGAGGAGAAUGCCAAUCUGGUGACGCUACCGGAGGAGAAUGGCACCAAAGUAGCGGAGACACCAACCGAGACGCGCACCCUGGCGAAUAAUCACCAACAGGCACCACCGCAGCAAGUGCAGCAACCCAUCGUUGGUGUCAACUCCAAGCAGACCUCCUCCAACAACAGCAGCAUUCCAACAGGUGGUGCCCCUGCAGCACCUGCCGCAGGCAACAACAGCAGCCACAACAACACAAAGGCGGCACCAGCCGCAGCUGUGGUUGAGAUUGUGGCGGCAGCUGCAACUGUGGCUGCCUCCGAAGAUGUGCUCGACGAUGAUGAGCAGGAAGAUGAAUUCGAAUCCGAUCGCCGUGUGGGCUUUCAGGUGGAGGGCGAGGAUGAUGACUUUUACAAACGUCCACCGAAACUACACAGAAGGGACACUCCCCAUCAUUUGAAGAACAAACGCGUUCAGCAUUUAACCGACAAGCAGGCCAACGAAAUACUGGCCAAUGCCUUGGCCACACAGGAGCGCAACGAGACCCCCACACCGCCACACUCAUCGCUGGGCAAGGUUACAUCGCCCAUUGAGGAGGAGGAGACAGCCGAUGUCGACUCCGAGGGACAAGAACAGUCACAGCAUCCAUUCGAUGUCUCGCUAUCGCCCAUACCCAUACCCACAGGCAACACAAAGGCACAGGCAGGGGACCAAGAUAACUUGGAUGGCGUCACUGAACUGCGUUUGGAGCAGUACGAAAUCCACAUUGAGCGCACGGCAGCGGGACUUGGCUUGAGCAUUGCCGGCGGCAAGGGAUCCACACCGUUCAAGGGCGACGACGAUGGCAUCUUCAUAUCACGCGUCACCGAGCAGGGACCCGCUGACAUGGCGGGCCUCAAAGUCGGCGACAAAGUGCUCAAGGUCAAUGGGAUUGUGGUCGUCGAAGCGGACCACUAUCAGGCGGUGCAGGUGCUCAAGGCAUGCGGCGCCGUGCUCGUGCUGGUCGUGCAGCGUGAGGUUACGCGUCUGAUUGGACAUCCGGUGUUCAGCGAGGAUGGCAGCGUGUCACAGAUAUCUGUGGAGACGCGUCCCCUGGUGGCCACAGAGGUGCCACAGUUGCAGCAACAGCCAGAGCGAUACAUUCCAGCGCCCAUCGAGAUUGUGCCCCAGCAGCAUCAGUAUCAACAGCAGCAGCAAAUGGUGGCUCCGGCGCAUGGUUACUCUGCUAAUGUGUUUGCCACACCUCCAGCUGUCCAAAGCAUCGUGCAGCCGACUCCUGCUGCUGCUGCUGCUGCUGCUGCUGUGGCCCCCAAUGGCCUGCUACCGAAUGGCAGGGAUGCUGCCCAGCUGAGCUACAUCCAGCUGCACACGACGCUGAUACGCGAUCAGAUUGGCCAGGGACUGGGCUUCAGCAUUGCCGGGGGCAAGGGCUCGCCACCGUUCAAGGACGAUUGCGAUGGCAUUUUCAUAUCACGCAUCACAGACGGCGGACUGGCUCAUCGCGAUGGUAAAAUCAUGGUGGGCGACCGGGUGAUGGCGAUUAACGGCAACGAUAUGACGGAGGCGCAUCAUGAUGCAGCCGUGGCAUGCCUCACCGAACCGCAGCGCUUUGUGCGGCUCGUCCUGCAGCGCGAGUACCGCGGCCCCCUAGAGCCGCCGACAAGUCCGCGCAGUCCCGCCGUGCUCAACUCGUUGAGUCCAUCCGGCUAUCUGGCCAAUCGACCAGCCAACUUCCAGCGGUCUGUGGGCGAUGUCAGUUACGUUGAGCAGCCGUACAAGUACAACACAUUGGCCACCACCACCCCCACACUGGCAUCCGCAACUGUGGCACCUGUGGCAGCCAACAUCAACAACAACAAUACGCUGCCAAGCAGCAAAACGAAUGGAUUUGGCGCUGCCACAGCUGCGUCGGCCGCUGGCCCAGCGAUAGUGUUCGACAAGACGACGGGUCAGCCGGUGCCCGCACCGAGGCGCACCAAUUCCGUGCCCCUGGGUGAUGGCGAUAGUGCGCCGCCCAAUGGUGCGGCCUCCACCGCCAGCGGGGACUCGGGCGAGGCUCAGGCCUCCUCGUUGCGACCGCUGACGAGCGAUGAUUUUCAGGCGAUGAUACCGGCACACUUCCUCAGCGGCGGCAGUCAGCAUCAGGUGCAUGUGGCACGGCCCAAUGAGGUGGGCGUCAGCGCUGUAACGGUGAAUGUGAACAAGCCGCAGCCCGAUCUGCCCAUGUUCCCGGCAGCGCCCACCGAACUGGGCAAAGUCACCGAGACCAUCACCAAGUCCACAUUCACGGAGACGGUGAUGACGCGCAUCACCGACAAUCAGCUGGCGGAGCCCCUGAUCAGUGAGGAGGUUGUGCUGCCCAAGAAUCAGGGCUCUCUGGGCUUCAGCAUUAUCGGUGGCACGGAUCAUUCCUGUGUGCCGUUUGGCAAUCGUGAGCCUGGCAUCUUUAUAUCACAUAUUGUGCCUGGUGGCAUUGCCUCAAAGUGUGGCAAGCUAAGGAUGGGAGAUCGCAUACUGAAGGUGAACGAUGCGGAUGUGUCCAAGGCAACGCAUCAGGAUGCGGUGCUGGAGCUACUAAAGCCCGGCGAUGAUAUCAAACUGACCAUACAACACGACCCACUGCCACCUGGUUUCCAAAACAUUGAAGUAGAGUAUGUAAAGACCGAGGAAGUUCUACUGAGCAAGGCCGAGAACGAACGCUUGGGCAUGCACAUCAAGGGCGGACUUAAUGGACAGCGCGGUAAUCCCGGGGAUCCCUCCGACGAGGGUGUGUUCGUCUCCAAAAUUAACUCUGUCGGCGCCGCCAGACGCGACGGAAGGCUUAAGGUGGGCAUGCGGCUGCUGGAGGUGAACGGACACUCGCUGCUGGGUGCCUCGCAUCAGGAUGCGGUCAAUGUCUUGAGGAAUGCCGGGAACGAGAUCCAAUUGGUCGUCUGCAAGGGUUACGACAAAUCCAAUUUAAUUCAUUCCAUCGGCCAGGCAGGUGGCAUGAGCACCGGCUUCAACUCCUCUGCAUCCUACAGCGGUGGCAGUCGUCAAGGCUCGCGCGCCUCGGAAACGGGCUCGGAGCUCAGUCAAAGUCAGAGCGUUUCCAGUUUGGAUCACGAGGAGGAUGAGCGACUGCGACAGGACUUUGAUGUGUUUGCCACGCAAAAGGUGGAGUCCGUGCUGGAGCCGACGAGUCAGACGGGUCUGGCAGCCGCCGCUGCCUUGGUGCAUGGCGCCCCAUCGCCCACACCCACCACACCGACGCCACCAGUGGCAGUCGCUGAUUUGCCAGCGCCGUCGGACAGCACAGCCGCACAGACCGUGGCGCUCAUUCACGCAGAACAGGCCCACCAUCAGAACCAGCAGCAGCAACAGCCGCAGACGCAGCUGGCGCCGUUGGGUCAGGAGAAGAGCACCCAGGAGAAGGUGCUGGAAAUUGUGCGCGCCGCAGACGCCUUCACCGCCGUGCCACCGAAAUCCCCGUCCGAGCACCAUGAACAGGAUAAAAUACAAAAGACGACGACGGUUGUCAUAUCGAAGCAUACUCUCGACACAAAUCCAACCACACCGACAACGCCGUCGGCACUACUACCGCCCAUUGGCUCUGCCCCGGAGUCGGUGACCGCAGUUGCACCUCCCACUCCCGCGUCAGUGCCCGCUGUGGCUGUGCAGACACAAGCACCCACAGAGAAGUCGGAAGAGGAGCUGGUGCCACAGCAACGUGGAACCCAGACGCCCGAACACCUCACCCCAGGUGCUCGUUUCUCCUACCAGCAGAUGCUGGAGCAUCAGGAGGAGCACCGAAACAGUGCAAAGGCAACGCCAGCGAAGCCCAAGAAGGCCGAACCCGUCUACAUCAUCGAUGAUGAUGAUGACGACGAUGAGGAGGACGUCGACGACUCCCAUCAGCAUCUGGACGACAUAGAUGCCAUCGACGAGGAGGAUGAAGAGGAAGUCGAGAGCUCUCCGCCGCUGGAUCUGCAAUCGCCACCUUCCUAUGCGGAAUCCGAUUCGGAUUGCUUCGAUCGUCGCCGCGGGCGCUACACCAGCGACUCGGAGAGCGACUGUCGACCGUAUAAGCCGUCGAGAUCGGGUCGCAGCACUCCAGAGUAUGGUGGCGGACAUCGCAAAUCCGUGAGCUUCGACCUCAGCGGCGAUGAGCGCUCCAGAUCCGACUACGAGCGUUCCAGAUCCCGAACGCCCGAUGGCUAUACGCGUGCCUACGACUCCGAGCAGGAUAAUCGAGGCAAUGCGCGGAACCGCAUGCCGCGUAAGGGCAUCCUGCGGGCCACCAGCCCGAGCUCGUCCACCAGCUCCACCCUGGAGCGUCGUCCAGAGAAGCUGGCGCCCAUUGUGCCCACUGUGGCACGCAUCAGGGAGGUGGAAUCCCCGCAGCUGCAACGUGUGUCGCGGGCCACUUCACCGGAACGACCCGCUGAACUGGAGCGGGAGAAUCCCUUCCGGCAUCCCCCAAUCGAGGAUGAUGAGUACACGCAGAUAGCCAAGGCAAUCAACAGGUCGCCGCGGUCACCGCGAACUACUAGAGAUCAGUUCUUCUUUGGCUCCGCCCGCUCCAGUGAGGAUCUGCUCGAGCAAUCGUUUUCCAGUGGCCGCAGCACGCCCAACACGGUGAUAUCCAAGUCGACGGAGAACCUCACGGGCACGCGGCCAAAGGUGCCGCCCAAGCCGCAGCUGAAGAAGGCGGAUCUGGUGCGUAACGUGGCCCUGGAGACGUUCCAGGCCAGCGAUGUGGGACAGGGCGACUUCACGGUGUUCGAGCACGAUGCCAGCACCAACACCAUCCAUCCAGUGGGGGCCAAGGUGCCGGUGCGAGUGUCAACAAAGACGCCGCCAAGGCCCCGGGAGAGUCCACCUCCGCCGCCCGUUAAUUAUUCCACCCUGCCAAAGAGUCCGCUGGCCAGCACGGUGCCCACCGUGCUGGAGGAGUCGCUGUAUAUGGAGGCGCUGCCUGGGCCGCCACCCUCGCACCGCCGUCCCCACGAGUUUGUGCACGAGAACUCGCCGGACAAUAUUCUAGUGACGCCGCAGGAGCAUCGCGAAUAUCUGCUGCGCGAGAACGAGCUGAGGAAUCAGCUGCGGGCGCCCUACGAUCCCGCACCGCCCAUACCCAUAGCGGGCAGGGCCAGCGGUAGCGGGAGCGGAAGCGGCGGCCAUGCGGUAACGAAUCCAUUCCUAGAUAGUUGCGACACAGACAUUGACAGCCUGCCACUGCCACCACCGCCCACACCGCCCACCGAACAGGCACCAUCACAGCUACACCACUACCUACAAAACCAACACCAGAACCAAUACCAUUCCCACCCCACUCGUCAUUUGCAUGAGCCUGCGCCUGGGCCACCACUAACCGCUGUCGCCACUAACGCAUCAACGUCUCCAUCUUCUUCCAACGCUGCCGGCCGCCUUCUGAUGGAUGUCGUCGCGCGCUCGCCGCAACAGCUGCUGGUCGCCGGGUCGCCCACACAGAUCUUUCCCACGGCCCAAAUACUGCCCGUGCAGUAUGCGAGUCUCCCGCAACCGCAACAGCCAAAUACGCUUACAUUGACACCGUCUCAGAGCCAGACGCAGUCCCAGACACAGCCCCACUCACAGUCACAGUCCCACCUCCAAAGUCCGCCCCAAACUCAGCCCAUUUUCAACUUUGUGCUGCUGCCUGGCGACCAGGGCCAAGUGUCGUCGCUUUACCUGCAAUCGGUGCAGUCGCCGUCGUUGCCCGCCCAAAAAUCGUCAACACCUGGCGGCCAGGAGGCAGACGCCACACCCACACCGACACCCACAAAAGUGCCUAAAUCGGUAUCCGAUAAAAAACGCUUCUUCGAAUCAGCCAUGGAGGAUCAGCACAAGCCCACACAAAAGACAGAUAAAGUUUUCUCAUUCCUGUCAAAGGACGAAGUGGAAAAGUUGCGACAGGAGGAGGAGAAGAAAAUUGCAACAUUGCGCCGUGAUAAGAAAUCCAGAUUAUUGGAUGCAGCCAAUGACAACAUUGACAAGGACGCUGGCAGUCAUAGCGAUAAGCGCUAUGAUAAUGCCGGCAACAGCAACAGCAGCGGCGACGACGACAACGACGACGACGACGACGAUGAGGAUGUGGACGAUGAUGACGAUGACAAUAGCGACCAGGAGGCUAACGCACGCUUGGAUGACGUUGACAAUGCCGCACUAGGGCGCUUCGAUGAGGCGGAGGACAUGAGAACCGCACAAAGUCUGGCGCCGACAAUGCCGCACGCGCCCAGCAAAAUCAGCAAAAUCCCCAAGCAGAAGCAGAGGGAGAAACCAAAAGCAAAAGCAGAGGCGAAGGCAGCUGCCACAGCGACUGAUCCGUCCAAGCCCUCGCUGCUGCCGAAGCCAAAGGUCAAAGUUGUCAUUCCGCCAGCACUGCAGCAGCGCCUCAAGCAGCAGCAGCAGGAGCAACAGCACCAGCAACAGCAACAGCAGCAAUCCCAGCCCGAGGAGCCCACCAUACCCGAGGAGGUAUGGCGUCCUCAGGCGACUGAGGAGGAGCAGGAGCAGGAUCUGGGGGCCACAUCUCCCACCACUAGCAGCAGCAGCAGCAGCCGCAUACCGGUGCGCACCCUGAAGGCUGAACGCCGCGCCCUGGCAGCGGCCGCUCGGCAGUCGGGCCUCAGUGUCGACGAGUACAUUAGGCGGCUGGAGGAGGAGCGGCUCCAGGGCGAGUCGCCAGCAACGCCGGCGUCACCCACAACGCCCACGGGCAAGAGCCGUUCCAUGAUUAACUCUGAGAAGCGUGCCUCUUGGCGGGCAGCCCGUCUACGUUCGCUCGAACAGGGCGCCGUCGAGGCGCAGGAUGUCAUCAAGAAUAUGCGCAAGGUGACCGAUGAUCUGAUCACACACGAGUCCAGGGCCAGCGAGGCUCAGCCGAAAAUAGUAUUUCCAAAAAUUGCCAUAAAAUCAAGCGACGGUCCAGUCAUUGUACGCGAACGCGAGAAAAUACUCGAUGAGAAAAUUGUGCGCCGCACUGAGGAGGUUGCCUGCCCCAUCACGGGGCGACCUCAACUGCGCACCGUCGAGUACAUUGAGAAAAUCAUCGAAACGGAGGUGGAGACCUGCAAGGAGCGUAUCAUUUCACUGGAGCUCCAAGUGCCCGAAUCGGAGGAUGGCACUCUCGAUGAGACACAGCCGCCAUUGGAGCUGCAGGAAGAAGAUGAAGACGAAGACGACGACGACUACGAAGAGGAUGAAGAUGAAGAAGAGGAUGAUGAAGAGGAGGAGGAGGAAGAUACUGCCUCUAUUGUUACCGUCCAGGGAAAUAAUGAGAAACUGUUUUUGCGUCACGAUUCGGAUGCCUACGGUCCGUCCUCCAUCGAGAGCGUCGCAUCCGGCAAGGUGCGCAUAAAGCCCACGCCGCUCUCCCUCCACCAGACACUGGCCAAGGAGACGACCAUCGUAGAGGUACUAAAUCCCGUAAUCGGGGGCGAUGGCAAUGCCCGCACCAUCCACGUGAGCGGGGUGCCAUUUGACGAUGAGGAAUUCGAGCAGGGGGCCGUGUCGGUGCUGCGUAGCGAAACAUUUGUACUGCCCCAGAGCGGAGGCGUUGUGGGCGGCAGGUCUGAGUUGUCAUUAAAUGCAAAAAUGAAAACUGUGCUCGAGGAGCUGCUGGAGAAUGAGCGCGUCAAAUUGAAUUUACAGAAGAGCCUCGAGGAGCACAGCGACAGCGACAGCGACAACGAUGACGAGGAUGCGGAGGAUGCCUUCGGUGAUGCGAGGGACGAUGAUGAGAGGAGCGCCUACGGUGAUGCCAUAGACGAUGUUGUUGACUUUGGCGGUGCCCCGGUCACGACCCGUGCAACUAAUGACCAGGAUGAUGCCGCGAACGGCAAUCAGCAGCUGCUCGAGGAGCUGAUAAAGGACAGCAACCGCAACACAAUCAUUGCUAAAUUGGCAGGCCAAUUGUCCGACGAUGAUGAUGAGGAGGAUGACGACGAGGAGGAGGACGAGAGCAGCGACUCAUCGGACGAGGAUAGCGACGACUCUGACGAGGAGGACAAUGCCGAGGAGCAGCUGAAUGUUACCUAUGUGCAGGGCGCGCAGGUAAUCGAGAAUCUCAAUACGCUGGCCUCCGGCAGCAAGCUCCAGAAGUCACAGACCUACACCACCAUGAAGCAGGCCGAGGAGGAGCACUCCGAUCACGAAGCCGAAGCGGAGGCUGCAUCCCAGUGCAGUGCCGACACUCUGGCCCAGCUGCAGGCCGAGCAGCGUGCCCUGGCCGAGAUCUCAAAGCAGCUGCGCAAGUCUGUCGAAGAUUUGCUCAGCGCCGAUGGCGCCACUGUGGUGGAGACGCAGCGCACCUACACUCUGCCCGCUGCCAGCGACAGUGCGGCAGUGGUAACCGUCACGGAGGUUGUGAAGAAGCAAAAGAAGAAGGUGUCCUCGGAGUCGGGCGAGGCUCUGUUCAAUCGUCUGCUGAGUGCCGGCGAGGCGGAGCGCCAGAUCUUUGACCAGCAGCAGGCCGAGACCAUCACGACAACCACCACGACCACAGAGGCUGUAAGUGGUGCUGGACAGGGAGCAGCAUCCUCGUCGGCAGCGGCAGCGUUAGCUGGAGAGCCGAGCACCAGUGUGGUGACCACCACGAGGACAGUGUCCAAUAUUGUUACCAGUGGCAUUCCCCGUCCAGAGAGCUCCACCAACAAACAGCAGAGCAAUCGGGGCGGCAAUGGCAAUGGCAGCAAUAACCGCAACAAGAACAAGCGCAAAGGAAAGAAGAAAUAGGAAAAGGAAGAAGGAAAACAGAAAGAAUGGAUGGAGUAGAUGAAAUUGCGUAUACGCCAUGCGGUUCGUAUGUGAUUUCCCACUUCACACGCACACACACACCCUCAGACACAGACACAGACACUGUUCAUGAUUUUCCCCACUAAAUGUAUACAUAUGUAAAUAGAUAAUACAUAUGUAUGUACAUGUGUAUGUACAAUGUACGCCUAUGUACUGAUAUUUUUAAUUAAUUGUGCAAAUAACGACAUGUUCCCUGCAUUUACAAAAAACUCAUUUGUUACUAAUCAUGAAGCAAAAAUACUUUCAUUGAAAACAGCAACAACAAAAAGGAUGAACAUUUUGCCAGAGUUUAAUCGUAAAUUUUAAUGUUGUGCAGCAACCACACAAAAGACCAUCCGCCUGAACGAUAUAUUAAUAAACAACAACCAGAAACAAAAAUCUUAUUUAAUUGAAUUAAAUAAUUUCAUUUUGUUUGCAUUUAACAAUAUCAUUUGCAUAUUGCAUACUGUACGUAUACUUAGUUUUUUCCCUCCUGCAUCAUUAUUCCGAAGGGGCUUUCGUUUUAAUUUCCGCCAAUUAAAUUUAUCGUUACAUUUUAUGUUUUAGCACAAGAAAUAAAACGAGUCGCAGCAGCAGCAGCAGCAGCAGCGGCAGCGGCACGGUCUUCACGAUGAUGUGACUCUGAUCCUGCUCUCAGCAUUCCGAUUGGGGCAUAAUCCCCCUCUUAGUAGUUGUAUCCAUAAGCGAAAGGAACACACAAAUCAAAUAUCGUAGAUAAUAAUUGAUAGAGCAAACUGUAAGUGCAUCCAAUCGUCCAGUUGUAAUCCCUAGCAUGUAAACACAAUGCAGAAGCACAACCACCAUACGAGUGGGAACUGUUCGACAUCCUAAUGCGACUUCAGUUGCAACUUUUAUAUAUGUAAAUGUUAAAAAUCUUUACAAUACAAGCAAUUUUAUGUAAUACCUAUGAUAUUUAGUGUGUAAACUCAGAACUUUUUAUCGAAAACAAAACGAAACGAACCGAACCGAAAGAGAUGAAAAAGCGAAUGAUAAUAAACCAAUUGUAUGCAUUUUUAUUUAAAGCCAAA